GAUAUGUUAGAUGUCGAGUCGUGUUGCAGAUUUUCAUGGACGCGGGCCGCGAGCCGCGAAACAUUUUGUGUUGGAUUAUGAGAUUUCGGAAUUAAUUAAGUUGUUAUUUUCAUUUUUUAAAUAGGCAAGUAAUGAAACUUUCGCACCGUUCGAUACGAGCAAAGAUAAUACUCAUCACGUCAAUACAUUGUCGUGGUCGUGCGACGCGCAAUAUUUUGGACGGAAAUUCAUCGAAUCUUCACUUGUAUAUCAACAGAGUCGUCGAGAGUCUCCGAUGUAGAGCAAAUUGAGGGAGCAGGCAGAUGAUCGAAGAUCGAUUCAAUUUAACAAAAAAUGCUCCUAAACGAUCUUGUCUACUGGUAUCAAAAGAAAAUUGGUACAUAUGACAAACAACAAUGGGAAAAGAGCGUGGAACAACGAAUUUUUGGGGGCUUUACCAAUGUUCCCAUGCGAACAGCCAAACUCAAAACAGAGCUCAUAGAUGUCGAUCUUGUCAGAGGUUCUUCCUUCCCGAAAGCCAAACCGAAGCAUGGGCUGACCACUGUGGCUUGGUUGGCCAUUCGACGUUUGAUCUUUCUGCCUCUAUAUCGCACUUGGUGGAUUCAGCAGACUAGCACUCGCAUUUUUUAUCUUUUCCUUAUUCUGUACGCCCUGCAAUUUUUCAACGUCUGUACAUUUUUCGGUAUUGCCGAUACCGAUAAGCCAAAUAUUGUCUCCUCCACAGAAGUACUUAUGCCGGUCGGUAUGAUGUUUGUACUGUGCCUCGUGCACUCCCAAAUAGUAUCGACAAAUUCGAGUUCAGCCGCGCCUACCUCCCGGAAAACAUCAAGAAUGCGCAGAUCCCGACACGAGAGAUGUCGUUCAGGAAAAUUAAGGACACGACGAAAUUUACGAUCGAACAUUGACUCGAAAUCUUGUCAGGAUGGAGGAAUGAAGGGGGCUACCGAGAGAGCGAAAAAAAUGCAGUGCAGCGAUGUCUCACCAUUCGUGAGAUUCGCCCAGCGAGUUAAUGUUGAAAAUCCGCCGGCAACGGGAAAAGUUCAGCUCGAGGACAGGUCUGCGCCGUUCGAGGUCCGCUUGCCAGAAUGUUCGCCCGAAUUGCCAUUAUCCAGGCCAAUCGAGACAGAAACAUCUACGGAUGAGGCUGGAGUGGAAAAUAUGGGCAACGCGGAUACCGUUCAUCAAGAUGAUGACGGUUUUGAGAGUCUCAACGGAAAUGUAUCGAGUGACAAUGAUCGCGUCAGCGUCGCUCGUCGGGAAGAACCGUCACUGCGUGGCAGCUCUAAUCACGAUAACGUCGAUGGGGACAGGAAUAGCAAUCACGGUGACGAAGAUAAUGAUGUCGACAAUGUUAUUAUCACCGGCGAUUCCGAACGGGAAGUUGAUCAUAAAAUCAAACACGACACUGCAAAUUUUCUUGACGCGUUUUACGAGGAACAAGCAAAUCGAAGUACGACGGAACGUGAGCAAAAGAAUCACGAUUGGCGCGCGUCUCCGUCAGUAAUAUCCGCUACCGAAAACGCGCCCGUAGUGGAAACGGAAUCGUAUAGCAGAGAACACGAUUUUCUAGAGGCCGCGUCGGGAAGCACGAGCGCCGUCAAAACCGCUGUCACUAUGGGAAAAUCGGACAAGAUGAUUUCGAGAGAAGAGAAACGAGAGUGCGAAAGUGAGGAAGAGGGAGAGUGCGAGGAAGCGACGAUGCAUCAUUUAACCGAAGCUACAACCUCCGCUACCGAAUGGAUGGGUGUUACGAGUAACAGUGACGUGUGCAGCUACAGCUCCGAUUUCGAACAAUCCGAGUCCGGCCACAGCGAAGGCAAUUGUAACUACGCUGAUGAUUUGUUGGAACACCCCUUUUUCUGGGAGCUCGAAUUACCAUCGUCGAUUCCUCUCGGCUCGAGCUGCUGCACCUCCUCCGACCGUGUUUCUUGUACAAUUUGGACACGAAGGGACAUAAAGAAAGUUGAAUUGUCGGUUCUUGACAUCAGCUCUGCAAUAAUUGCCAGAGUCGAGUCGAUGCCCGAAGGCAUGGAUUAUGUAUACGGUGGCCUCUUGAUGUCGCUCGUUCUCUCACUUAUACCCUCGAUCAAGCGUCUCAGCGAUGAAUUUGGAACGGAAUCAUCCAAUAAUUUGACCGGAUCGAGCGGUACCAAUAUUCGCGAAAUUGCUUUGGACAUGUCCCUAGAAAAUUGGUCAAAACGUUUGUGCGCCACGAUCGAUGUGGCUUUUGGCUCGACACUCUGGGAGCGAACAGUUGUUUUAACACUGGCUUUUGAAAAAUUGGCCCUCUCCUGUUUGUUGUUCUUCCUCCUGGCCGUUGCCGAACGAACCUUCAAACAACGCUUGCUUUAUGCCAAAUUAUUUUCACAUCUGACAUCAUCGAGGCGAGCAAGAAAGUCCGAUCUGCCGCAUUUUCGACUAAACAAAUUUCGCAACAUUAAGACUUGGUUGAGCGUAAGGGCGUAUUUGAAGAGAAGAGGUCCACAAAGAUCGGUCGACGUUAUCGUAUCAGCUGUCUUUAUCGUAACGUUGCUUCUCUUGUCUUUCGUCAGCUUGGAGCUUAUCAGAGAUCUAGAAAAUCUUCACUCGCGAUACAAUGUCGAAGCGCUUUUAUGGAGUUUCGCUCUCGGUAUAUACAUACUGAGGUUCAUGACGUUGGGAACUAAGAUAAAUAAAAAAUAUAGGAACCUGUCUAUUCUGAUAACUGAACAGAUCAAUCUAUACCUGCAGAUGGAGCAAAAACCUCACAAAAAGGAUGAACUCAUGGUAGCAAACAGUGUGCUCAAAUUAGCUGCCGAUCUCAUCAAAGAGUUGGAGUGCCCUUUCAAAAUUUCUGGGCUAUCGGCUAAUCCAUAUUUAUACACGAUUACAAAAGUUGUUUUACUCUCGGCUCUGUCGGGAGUUCUCUCGGAGUUACUAGGAUUCAAAUUAAAGUUGCACAAGAUAACUAUAAAAUAGAAGGGGGAAUGUGUACAAAGCAGAAUCGACUUUGAGGAUGAAUAUCGGAAUAUGGACGAGAGAUCAACUGCACAAUCCGAAGAUCAUCUCUGAUAACUGUUGUAUUAUUUUGUCCAAGACAACUCAUCGGUGUUUGGUGCACGACAGUGUAAAAUAGAGUUUUUCCGGCAAUUGCGAUUGUGACGGUGACGCUAAAAAAAUUAUCUCAAAUUCUUAGUAGAAUGUUGCGUUGAUUUUUACCAGAGCAUUUCGUACUAGCGGAGUGUCUACUCGUGUGAAAGUAGCGAGCGGCGAGAAGGCCAGCCGGCUGGAGGGUUGAUGGUUCGGGGUCGGACUACGGACGAGCUGUCGAAUAAAUGUUUUACAAACAACAAGAAA